AUGGAGGGAAUUCCACAGCAGGACAUGUUGGCACACGUACAAGCACUCGAGAGUGGACAACCUUCCAAAAGAAUUAAGAUCGACGAACCAUCACCGGUCGAGCUUAGCAGCGAGGAAAUUAAAAAACAACUAGCCCAACAUCAAGCUAUGAUGCAAGGCAAUCCGCAGGGCUCCCAAUCAUACCCUUAUUCUACCGGCUUCCCUCCACAACAAUCCAUGCCUUCGCUGAUGCCCCACCAAUACAGUCAAUUCUAUCAAAGACCGGCACCAUCGUUCCAACAGCCUCCCUUCCGAUCAACUGUACUACCGGGACAAACAUUGCCCGCCAUCCCGGGGCAACCGUGGCGCCCUGUAGCUCCUGUUGGUACUCCCUCCCCACUAUACGGAAUUUCAUCAGCAUACGCACCCUACAGCAACGGACCUUCGGCAAAUCCUGUUCCCACCUCGACGGGAACGUCAUCUGCAACCGAAAAUAAUUUACAGUUUGACGAUACGACCAAUCAACUAUCCACUCAAAGUGCACAGAAAUCCAGCUCAAAAGUUGUUUUGAUUUAUAGUGAUAACGAAAUCUCGAUGGAGGAAAAAAGAGCAAAGCUCGAAAAGUAUCGAUAUAACUAG